GUACUUCAAUAGAAAAUUAGUUUUUUGUAGCAUUUUACGGAAAUAGUGUUGAGAUCGGUUUGGUAUUUUAUGUGAAGUAGUCUUGUUUCAUGAAAAGAACAUCGUAUUUUGUUUGAAAGAUUACAAUUUUUAUGAUGAUUUCCGACGUAAAUUUUAUUUAUUUGUAUUUUAUUUGCUUGAUAAAUGUUGUGUGGGCUUCAAGUUGUGAGCAUGACAGUUGUGUUAUUGAUGCAGCAAAUAAACGAAACAUUCGCAACGAACGUGCACUUUUAUUUCCACCAUCGAGUACAAUUGGUAUUCUUGCCGCAAUUGCCGUUCCGUUGGAUGAUCGAAAGAAUGUAUUUCUUUCUUAUAACUUUGAAGCUAAUUAUAAUAGCCCAUUUAGAGGUUCGGACUAUAUACCGGGGCCACUCGAUCGGUUACAAAUAGAACGUUCAUUUGGCACUGGAGCCAACAAUUCAAACGCAAAUGCUAAAUCUCAAACUGAAAAUAAUUUUGAAAGUGAAGAAUCGAACGAAACGAUCUCAAUGACCGAAACCACUGCAUCACCAAAGGCAAGGAGGAGUUUAAUUACUAGGACCAAUAUUUACAAAACGAUUGAACGGAAAUUGAACGCAGCUGGAUACAAUGGUCACGAUUGUUUGUUGCGUGCCAUAUGUGAUGCUGCCGAUAUUCCGCUUGGUUUACACAAUGGCGUUCUAGGAGAUUUAAUGCACAUUAUUUUCACGCCAUCAUCAUCGGCAAAAGAGAAUAUUCUGUACGAUUUUUACGAUGCCGAAAUGCACGGAAUGCUCAAUAUGUGCAAACGUUAUAGCAAGAAUUGUCCAGAGAGUAUAUUGGAUUGGAUCAGUCUAUUUGAAAAAGGAUUCAAUGCAAAUCACUGUAUUUUAAAAGCAAUAUGCGAAACGGCACAAUAUCAGUUUGGCAAUGAAAAUGGACUGCUCGGCGAUAUCAUUCAUAUUUUGUUCACGCCGACGACGUCAAAAAAUGAAGGCCUUCCGACAAGAUUCUACGAAGCAGAAAUGAAUGGCCAAUUGAAUUUAUCCGCCAUUCCAUUUUUGUUAGGAGUAGUUAUAAGUUGCGUCAAUUUGCGUCACAAAUAUUUUAUUCGGACAAAAAUGGAGCGAAAUAUUUUUAAUUUGGUUUUGAUUUUGUUAUUUAUUGAGAUGCACGAAAUUUCAAGUUCAAUUGAACAAUCACGGCAAAAACGGGUCAUUCCAACCCCAUAUUCGCCGUUUCAAACAAUGUUUUCGCUUAGUGUUGGCCUGGCUAUUCCAGUUGAUAAUGGUCGCGGCGAUAUAUUUAUGUCACUUUGCGUUCAAUCGAACUUUAAUCAACCAACUUUUUCACCAUUGGAGCCGCCACUAUUUCAAACGAUCCAUGGUGAUCAGGACGAAAGGAAAUUGAAAAAGGCGGAUUUCAAAGAUGGAUCCGACGAUGAAACAAUAAAAACAAAACAAAACGAAAAAAAUGAAAAACCACCGGAAAUAUUUAAAAAGUUGCUGGACACCACAACACGUAAAAAAUUCUUCAAAUUGCUUGAGCAUAAAUUGAAAAUAUAUGGCUUUAACGGUGAAUCAUGCCUAUUGAAAGCAAUUUGUGAAGCAUCCAGCCAUUUAUACGGCAAAUACAAUGGCGUCGUUGGUGAUAUUGUACAUAUCCUUUUUUCGCCAUCAACUUCUAGAGAUGAGGAUUUACCUUUUGCUUAUUACAAAGCGGAACAACAUGGCAACGCUGGAAGAUAUACUAGUUUUCAGUUAGAAACUUCGAAUUAUUGA